GACGACGACGAGGGCGCGGAAGCGGAAGCGGGACGGUCGAAGACGGUGGAUUCGAUCGAGUCGAGGAAGAGGGAGGUGCGGGAGGCGCUGGACGCGAUGGCGGCGGCGCCGAGUCCGCACGCGCUCGCGCGAGAGUGCGGCGAAGUGGUGAGGGACGCGCGUAAGAAUGAAACCAAGGCGCGAAGGGUGCGCGCGCUGGAGAUUUUGUACGAUUUGGUGGCGCCGAUCGAGUUGGCGAACGAUUUGGAUAAGCUCGGGGUGGCGGAGGCGCUGAUCGGGGCGCUGAGGGACGAGGACGAGGACGUGGCGAGCGCGGCGGCGAGCGCGCUCGCGGCGGCGGCGUCGAAUAACGUCGUCGUGCAGGGGAUCAUUCACGAGAGACGAGGGUUCGAUGCGCUUUUAGAGCUCGUGUCGUCGCCCGCGACGCCCGCGGAGGUGCGUCAUAAGUCGUUGUGGGUGCUCGGGAUGUGCGCGCGGACGCACGAGGCGUCGCGCGCCGACUUUUUCGCCGCGGGCGGCGCCGGCGUGUUGGCUGAUAUUUUGUCUCCGAAAACGCCGGUCAAGACGCGCACGCGCGCGAUGGUCUUAUUCGGCGACUUAGUUCUCAUCGACGGCGUCGCGGACGCGAUGUUUGCCGACGUAAAAGUCGCGAAAUCCUUACUCGAGGACGUCGUCGCGAGCGCGCUCGACGCCGACGCCUCGCUCGACGCGCGCGAGAAAGCGAUCGGCGCGCUUCUCGCCGCGCGCGAGCGCGGCCCUGAGAUCGUGCGACAUACGCUCGACGGAUUCAAGCGCGAUCUCUCGACGCUCGCCGACGCGUUCGACGCCGCGGCAAAGGCGGAGGACGACGACUCCGCCGCCGACAUCAGUCGUCUCGCGCGCGCGUUGAGCGUCUCGCCAAGGGUUGAAUUGUAGCGCGCGCGCGUUGAAAUAGCAUCCUCGUUCGUUGG